AUGGAAAGAUUUUCUCAUUUUAUUUGGUGUUCCAUAAUAGUAUUUUUAAUAUCCGUGUGCACAGCCGAUGAGUGUGUACCUAAAGGACCUUGUUCUUGUGAAUUUUCAAAUGGCACCGGUAUUGACUUAGCGCCUGCUGUAAAAGCAACAUUUUACGAAACUCAGAUUUAUCAAUUAAAGAACAAUGGAUCGCAAUAUGAACUCAGUACAUAUUAUUACCAUCCUUGCUUUGAUGUAUUACUUAAAAUUAAUGCUACAGCUUCAGUUAAUACGUGCACCAAACCUUUAUCGAUAUGUCGUCACAAAAAUAUAAUGAAUUUUAAUCAAUCAUCAAAUUCAUUUAAAAUAGACGAUGGUAAUAAUGAAUUCUUAGGACAAACAAACAUAUCUAAGUUUAGUGCUGAUGGAAAAUCAAUUGUGUACUUCAAUCCUCCAUCUGAAACAGUGGUAAUGUUAGUAUGUGCUCAAGUAGAGGGCAAUCUGCAGGUGCAUUCAGAAGCAGAGCCUGAUGAUUUGGUGCUAGCGUUUUAUUCAAGAGACGCGUGUUUAAAGCAACUCAACGAGCCGUCUGAUGCGGGUCGCUCUGUAGGGUCAACUCUACUUGUAAUAUUUUUCUCCUUCGUAAUUUUGUACCUUGUACUGGGAAUAUGUACAAAGAAAUUCCUAAUGGGCGCUACGGGACUUGAAGUUAUACCGAAUCUUUCCUUCUGGUCGGACCUACCUAAUCUUGUAAAGGAUGGGUGGGCAUUUGCGAUUAAUGGGUUCAAGUUGCCGUCCAGAGGCCCUGGGCCGGUCACCUCGCCUGACCCCAAUAGCUACGACAGCAUA